GGAGAAUGGCAGCUCGGUACUGGGACAAACUACGGGAUCUGAGCCAGAAAUACAAGGAAUAUGUCAUCCAGAAUCCCACAGGGGCCACACAGCUGGAGAGUGGUGUCCGCAUGCUCUCCUACCUCAUUGCAGGCCGGUUUGCUGAUUCCCAUGAGCUUUCUGAACUUGUUUAUUCAUCCUCCAACUUACUUGCUUUGCUCAAUGAUGGGAUCCUGAGGAAGGAGUUGCUAACCCCACCACCUACUGAAGGUUCUCGACGUCGCCUCCUCACUUGGCUGGGGGUCCUAGAAAGCCUGGAGGUUUUUAUUGAGAUUGGGGCUGCACGGGCAUGGGGUGAGAGGAGCAGGUGGGCAGCCAUCCUCAUCAUCCAGCUUCUGAAGGCCUGUCUACGAAUAGUACUGCUGUUCUGGUACAGAGUUGGAAUCCAGAGCUCCCCCCCUGUGACCCCACUGGAUCGGGAGGGCAUCCUGAAUCAGGCAGAAGACAACAGCAAAAGCAGCAGUUCUUGCUUUGUGGGGAGGAGAUCAAGCCGAGCUGUACGGUCCCUGAAUGACUCUGCCUCUAGCCACAGGCGCUUUUGGAGGAGCCCCCAGAUCCAUGAGGGAAAGCAACAGAAAAAUGGAGAGACCGAGAACGAUAAAGAAGGCUCCGAGCUGGGAACACUGGGCACCUUGGCAGAAGCAAUUCACAUUCUACGCCCUAUUACACACUUGCUUAGUCUGGCUGCCUGGGGUCAGAAGUCUUGGAAGCCAUGGAUGAUGGCAGCUGCUCUGGAUAUUACCAGCAUAUCUUUACUCAGCGACGUCCGCAAUUUGAGCCGCAGAGAGCGAAUAGAACUCAGACGGCGAAUGUUUCUUUUACUGUAUUACCUACUCCGAUCCCCCUUCUACAACAAUUACACUGAGACACGUCUCCUCCUACUGCUUCGCCUGCUGGGAGACUAUGUACCAGGGCUCGGGCUGGUGGCACGCCCACUCAUGGACUACCUACCUGUCUGGCAGAAGAUCUAUUUCUAUAACUGGGGCUGAGAGCAAUCCAUGUGUAUGGACAAUGGACAGAUCUUGUUUACCGGUUCUCCAGAACACAAUAUUUCAGUGGUUACAUUGGGCCGCAUGACUCACAGGACCCUGAGUCUCCAUUUUGAAUCUGACCCAGUGUUCUUACUAAGGCCUGCCCAGUGUGCCUCUCUGACCCACCUCAAAGUGACUGGAACUUCCGUGGAUUAAUAAAUCUUUGUUCCAAUCAACAGAACUGCCAGCAAAUGCACCAGUGUCCGUCUAAUACACGCUGAGCUGCAUUAUAGAGCAACCAUAUACACAGAUGUACACUGUAACAAGCAAGACUAUUAGUGGCCCCAACACAGUUUCACUAGAUUAGUAAAAGCUAAUUCUGAUUGGUUGCUAAAAGUUAUAGGCCCGGCAUAUAUCUGCUUAGGUUUUGCCAGUACCAUGUAUAGCUAAGCUGUUAUACACGGCAGCGUUUCUCACAUGUCGAAUCUCUAACUGUGUUACACAAACCAAUAAACUGAUUAUACUGUC